AUGCAGAUCCAGCCUCAAGUCGAGCCUGUUGCCAUAGUCGGCAUGGGCUUUGGAGACUACCGCUACUCACAGUAUGGCUUCAUCCACCCCGACGCGGAGCCCACGGGCAUCACCUCAACGCAAGGCGGCUUCUUACUCAAAGAGGACCCUCGCCUCUUUGACCACACCUGUUUCGGCACGUAG